UUCAGAUCAGUUUAUCGACAUGCCGAAUUGCAGGGGUGGUUUUCCACACCGGCGCAUUAGUCGUGUCUUGCAGCAGGUCAAGAAAAAUUCGCACAAGCGCAAACUCUGGUAUAAAUACGUGUAUCCACAGUUUGCAAAUAUCUCUAUUCCGUGGAUCUGCAUUUGUAGUUUACGCGUUGCAAAGUUCUCCUUCUGUUACCCUUAACGAGAGGUCAAUUAUAUUACAACUUGCAGCUAAUAAGUUCGUGUUCCAAAGGUGGUCGCAAAAAAAAGAAGAAAUAUACAAUUUAGAUUGAGCUUAGAGCCUUGCACCGGUUAUUGAUAAAAAAUUAUAUAAUGACAAAAAGAAACUGAUAAGUAAAUUUUCAUUCUACGGUUUGGAUUUAUAUAUACAUGAACUGUGAUCAUGUUAUUGGAAAGAUGUUUUUGAAACAAACUACCUGUUGACGAUAUCCUGCUAUAACAUUAUAAUAUUAAUUUCAAGACGAUUGGAAGCGUUUAGAUAUGGAUUUUAUUUCGCUGGACCAAAAAAAGGGAGAUGUUUUGUAGCUUUAAUCCCUGGCAGUGGGCACAAUGCAUUUGUCGAAGACCAGGAUUAUUUGUUAUUCUUUUAUUAUUGGCUCUUUUCACAAUGCCGUACUUGAUUUUCGAAAAUUACGCCGAUCCAAAUCGAUCUCUUGACAUGCAUUCAAGAAUUUUCAACAGAUCUGAAGAUAAUAGACGAGGGUUUCUGGUGUGGAAUCCAAAGUGUCAGAUCUUUGCUAGAGAUCCGUUAGAUCCAUCGAUCAGAAAAUUUGUAUGGAAAGAAAAAUUCGAGGCUUGUACAAAGACUGCUCUAAUGAGCAAAAUAGUAAGGGUUUCAGAUAGUCAAUCAAAAUUAAAACUGGAUCGGAAAUUGGCUAAGAAUUAUCCUGGGAUGUCCUGCUGCUGGGCGCCAAUUUGGAGACCGAAACCAACGGAAAUUCCUGAUGCUCAAAUAGACUCUGAAAUAAUACUUGGUACCUGUACAGAUUUCAAGGAUGAGGUAAUGCUGCCUACUAACGUAGAAGUAAUCCUAGUAAGAUGCCAAUCCAAGCGAAUAAAUCUACGAACAAAAAGAGGAAAAAAGACGGUGUACGAAAAUGUUCAUCCUAUUCUACGAAUGGAAAAUGUUCGUAACAGAUUAGAACUACAAAAGCGUUCAUCAAAUUUCACCAAAAAGUUAAGCGUCCUAAUUUUAGGGAUGGACAACGUCUCACGUUUCAAUAUUGAACGUUCAAUGCCGAUAACUACACGCUAUUUGAAAGAAACUGGAUGGACAGAACUAAUGGGUUAUAAUAAAAUGGCAGACAAUACCUUUCCGAAUUUAAUGGCAAUUUUAACCGGACUGAACAGCUCAAAAAUUUACGAAAUUUGCACACCGACUAAAUCCUUCGGUCUAGAUAAAUGCCCCCUAAUUUGGUACGCCUUUAAAAAUGCUGGUUACGUUACGGCUUAUGGAGAAGACGCAGCUGCUAUCAGUACCUUCGAUUACAUGAAAACAGGUUUUGUUUAUUCACCAACAGAUUUUUAUCUACGACCUUACAUAAUCGCAUCCGAAAAAUAUCUUACCCCAAAGCGGCAUUUGAAUGCAAGCCAUUACUGUACCGGUCCAGAAUCCAGUGGUGAUAGAAUAUUGAAUUACGCAUUAGAAUUCGCAAGUACUUUUACCGGUGAACCGUACUUCGGUUUUUUUUGGACAAACACAAUGAGCCACGAUAAUAUAAAUGGUCCAUCAUCAGUGGACUUUCACAUAUUGAGCAUGUUCAAAAAUCUGGAACAAAAGGGAAUUCUAAACGAUGCAAUGGUAAUUUUUUUGAGCGAUCAUGGAUCGAGAUAUGGACCUCUCAGAGAAACUACCCAGGGAUGGUACGAGGAAAAGUUACCAUUCGCUUACAUUUGGCUACCUCAAUUUUUCAUAGAAGAAAAUCCCAAAGCAUUUGAAGCCUUAAGAGAAAAUGGUAGAAGUUUAACUUCCCCUUUCAACGUUUACGAGACUUUGAGGGAUGUCCUCGUUCGGGGUGGUGGUGAAUCUGAUCUUAGCAGGAGUUGCCCGCAAUGUAAAUCACUUUUUAUUCCUGUACCAGCUGAAAGAGGUUGCGAAGAUGUUGGUAUUGGACAUCACUGGUGUACCUGUACAGUAAUAUUUGGAAAUAGCAGUAUCAAUGGUGAUAUUGUACUCAAAGGGGCGCAUAAAAUUAUUGAACACAUCAAUAACGUUACUAAAAAGUACAUGGAUGAAAAUGGUAAAAGAAUUUGCACGAAUCUAAAACUGAAAAAAAUACUCAGAGUUGACGAGAUGAUCGAGUCACAGGAGGAUAAACCGAACUCGACUCAUUAUAAACAAUUUUUAUGUCAACUUCAGGCGACUCCAGGUAAUGGAAAGUUCGAGGCAACGAUAAGGUAUCAAGAGUUAAAUGCAAGUUUUACUAUAAUCGAUAAUGAGGUCAGUAGAAUAAACACUUACAAGAGAACAGCUAAGUGCCUAAAUGUUGGGUAUAAAGAAUAUUGUUAUUGCAAGUGAAAAUUAAGUUUGAAAUUUUAUAUUAUCAGAAGUACUCUUAAUAUUUUAUCCGCAGUUACAAAUAAUUGGGGAAAAAAUUGUUGAGCGCAAGAAUAAAAUAAUAUAUUUUAAUAAUUCAUAUUAAUAAUCAUUAGUAAACCGAUGCUGUACACAUAAGAAAAAAAAAAAACAUCUGGUUUCAAUUCUGUGGAUGCCAAAAUUUGACUCAAUUUUUACACACAAUGAUUAUAAAUAUAGACUGCAGAAUAUAAAUGCCAAUAAAAAUGUUUACCUAA